CUCAUCCUGAGUAUCGCCUUUUUCAACUUCGCUGGAAUCAGCGUAACCAAGGAGCUGAGCGCUACGACCAGGAUGGUACUAGACUCGAUUCGCGUUUUCUUCAUCUGGGCCGUUUCUUUGGCCGUGGGUUGGCAACACUUCGCUUACUUGCAGGUAACAGUAAUGCUAAUGCCGCUACAGAGCUGA